CUGGCUCCACACUGGCUGACACAGUAACCUGUGAGCUACUGUGCUCCUGCUUCUCCCCUUCCAGAAACAUUGUGAGGAAAGAAAACAAACCUGCAUGGAUGGAUCCUUUACUUUUAAACAUAUUUUAGUGACCGUGAAUGAACUGAAACGUUUCGGAUUUCGCGAUUGAUCUGAAUGUUUCAAUCGCUCGCGGUGAAGCGAACGCGGAUUCCUCGCGCAGAUAAUCAAAGUCUCUCAAACGCACCGUUUAGCUGCACAAAAAUGGAUGUUCUGGCCAAUUACAGUAUUUUUCAAGAACUUCAACUUGUUCAUGACACUGGCUACUUCUCUGCGAUGCCGUCUCUGGAGGAAAACUGGCAGCAGACAUGUUUGGAAUUGGAACGCUAUCUGCAGACGGAGCCCAAAUGGCUGUCCGACCUUUUCGAUGAGGAACUGGAUGGUCUUCUUACCCCGUCCUUCAUAAAGGAAGAUGCAGAUGAAGACCUGUUAGACCCCCUCCUUCCCAGCCUCAACAACCCCCCCAGCCCUCCUCCUCCUCCUCACCUCACCCCACGUAAAGAAACCCUCUCCUCCACUUCGACCUCUCCAGACAUCACCUUAGGGGUAAACGCAGCCCAGCUGAACGCUGUCACCUCCUUAACACCACCCUCAUCUCCAGAAUUGGGCCGUCACUUAGUCAAACCCAUGCACACCCUCAGUGCCUCACCCGACGGGACCCUAACGCUCAAGCUAGUGGCCCGAAAGGUGGGUUUGAGUUCUGCCAAUCUUGUGGCAGCCCACCCGGUGCCACUUUCUCCCCAGCAUGGCAGCAGUGGUGCACAGAGUGACGGGGAACAGGGUGGCACCUGCACAAUCGGGGCCGGUGAGAUGGCAGAGAACAAGAAGAGGGUCCAUCGCUGCCAGUUUAACGGGUGUCGGAAGGUCUACACCAAGAGUUCACAUCUGAAGGCGCAUCAGAGGACACACACAGGAGAGAAGCCAUACAAGUGCUCAUGGGAAGGCUGUGAAUGGCGGUUUGCGAGAAGCGAUGAAUUGACAAGGCACUACCGAAAACAUACCGGCGCUAAGCCUUUCAAGUGCAAUCACUGCGACAGGUGUUUCUCUCGAUCUGAUCACUUGGCACUGCACAUGAAGAGGCACAUCUGAGGAGGAAGAGGAGGAUGCGGCAAAAUGGCAAGGUGGAGAAAGAGACAGAGAGAAAGUAGAGGGAGAGAAAGAGAGGGAUUAUGGGAAGGAGUCGGAUACCACUCAGACCAUUCGCUCAUCCCACCAGAGAGAGGCCCCCCAUGAGGGAACAGGUCUUGAGAUUUGGUCGGCCAAGUGUAUUUGUAGAAUUUGGAGGUCUACAGAUCUGAGAAGGUGGUACGACAUCGUAUGUCACUGAAAGACAAUGUGCUUCAGUAGGUAUUUGCCUAAUACUUAAAAAAAUCAAUGACUCAAUUUAGUUACUACUAUUAUUGUGUUCCAGUGUCUCCAAGAUCAAUUUAAAGCUUUCGUCAAUUUUACAUAAAGUACAUCUUACACAGAUUGUGACAGACGGACAAGCUACAAUUGAACAUUGAUUUGAUUUACUGCACCGUGUAGGACGUGUCCCGAAUGCAUCUCCUUGAGAAAUUUUGGAAAAUAUCAUAGCGGUAGGACGUCAAUCCAAAGAGGAUUUAAUUUUUUUCAUUUUGAGUAAGGAUUACCUUUCUGCUUUGAUCCCACCAAUGCACAGCCAAGAUCUAAAGUGGAAUGUCCAUCCAGAGAAAUCUGGAUUUCAAAGGCUAAAGGCAACCAAGUGGAAUCACCCAAUGCUCAAAUGUGAAUCUUAAUAGGGGCAGUGGAGGAAACACUCUCACCUUCUUCGUAGAUGGACCAAUAUCUCUCUUUGAAAUCCCUCCCUGCCAACCAACUGCUGCGCAGCGACACUUUGUGACUUUUUAUAAAGAAAAAAAAAAAAUUAAGGAAGAUAUCUUUUUGAAUGAUGACUAUGUUAUAUAAUUCAGAAGACUUCUUUUUUGCUUUUCUCCUGUGGAUGUGUACAAAUUAGAAAAAAGAUAACGAAAUAAAAAUGGACCAAAAAAAAUAUAAAGAAAUAACUGCCAUAUGCACAAGCGAAGAGUAGUGGAUUCUGCACUGGCACAGACCGCAUCUAAGGUGGACUUCAUUUCUAUAGAAACGCAAACUUUUAGUGGCAAAAAAAA